CUGAAUAACAUCGAAAUCGUCGUGGAAGGUGACGAGAAUCGUCAACCAUCUCCUGCCACAAUAACACCAUAUCAGCGACUCACCAACGCACUACAAACAGAUCCAAGAUGUGCACAGGAGGUUGCUUUAGGCAGGAGAAUCGGUUUUUACAGAUUUUGUGGGGAUAUCGGACGUGGUAAUUUCUCGCGCGUAAAAUUAGCAGUUCAUCAAUUGACAAGAGAUAAAGUUGCUAUAAAAAUUGUCGAUCGAGGAAAGUUGGACACAAGAGCAUUGCGAAUGCUAUCACGAGAAGUUGCUACAUUGGAAUGUGUACAUCAUCCGAAUAUAUUAAGGCUCUUCGAAGUUGUUGAGACGUUGGGUCGUGUUCAUUUGGUAACGGAAUGGAUUCAAGGUGGUGAAUUAUACAAUCGGCUUAAUGACGGGCCCUUAAAGGAAGUCCAUGCUGCAGUACUUUUUAAGCAAUUACUUUUAGCUGUUCAACACAUGCACAAUUUGAAAUUCGUACAUCGUGAUAUCAAGGCCGAGAAUGUUUUGCUUGUUGGUGAAAACAAAAUUAAAUUGGCUGAUUUUGGAUUCAGCACACAACUUCUAAAUGGUUCACAUCAACAUCUCGACACAUUUUGCGGAAGUCCUCCUUAUGCAGCACCAGAAUUGUUCAGUGAUGAUUCGUAUGUAGGCGGUCCAGUUGAUGUGUGGGCCUUAGGCGUUUUAUUAUAUUUUAUGGUGAUUGGAAAUAUGCCAUUCCGUGCUCCAACCGUUCCAGCACUACGUUCGGCUGUAUUAAGAGGUGAUUUUUCCUUACCGGCUACCUUGAGUUUACCCUGUCUUCGGCUACUCCAGCGUAUUUUAGUUCAUGUGCCAUCGCGUCGACCAAAAAUCAACGAAAUUUUAUCAAGCCAAUGGAUAAACAACCAACAUAUCACAUUAGAAAGUGCAUUAGUAUCAACGACAUCGAAACCCACACCAGCAAAUGGUUCAAAGAAAAUUCAUUGGUUUUCACGGAAGCGCAUCAUUAAACACUCGGAUGCUAGUCAAGCCGAUGCGAAUCUAGUUCAAUUAUAUUUUAACACCAAACGUGCAAAUAGUGUUCUAGAAGAGAAUUUUUUACAUCCGAUAAAUAUAUUACCCGCGAUAUCGAACAACGAUGAAGCGUCAAAUGUCACAGACGGUCAAAUGAAAACUCGACGACGUUCGAUAUUUGGUCACUCGUUGAAGAAAAAAAUCGGACCAAUGGAGUCGAAAAGUAAUCUAUUUAAUAAUCAUCGUAUGAAUGGCAUUGAAGACAAAAUUUCAAUAUCACAUUCCGAUCAAAUACAAGCAUUACGACGAACUGUCGAAUCGAGUUCGAAACAAAAUAGCAUUUCAUGCGGUGAUGAUACAAUUGACGAUGACGAACAAGGUGGUGAUUUUGUAAUGGCACCCACAAAUACCGACUCUCUUGAUGGAUUGCAUCCAUUGGAAAUUGAGGCUCGGACAAUUUUACAAAAAGUUGGCAUCACAAGUGAAAUGCUGUCAUUGUCAAUUGACAGUGGACCCCGCAGCGAGAUUAUCGGCGCUUAUCGUAUCGUCAUAUAUCGAUUACAAAGACGCAAUUUUUUAUCGAAACAACAAGAGCAAUUACCAACACCAACCGAACCGAAGAUGCCAUUGACACGACAAAAAAGUGACAAAAUGUGUGCCAUAUUAUAAUCAUCAUUUUUUUUCAGCAGGUUGAUAGAUGACAUAUGUCUUCGAUAACAUAUAAUAAAUAUACAUAUACUAUAUUACCAAUUUAGUAAUAGCAAGACACGAAGAGUGAGAAUAAAAGGUCUUGAAUACCCCUUCUAUAUUCUUCCUGUGAACAAUUUUAAACAAAAAAGAACCCAUUUCAAAUGAGGAUUUAGUUUCAAUCCAAUGAUUUACCGGAACCGAAAGAUUACAUUAGUACCGAGUUUCGACACAUUUUUUUUUAAAUUAAGCAAUGAUCUCAAGGCACUACGAAUACCAAAUUUCGGCCUAUGCACAAAUAAACACAUUUAAAAUAAUGAAUGUCACAAAACGAACAAAAUCAUUUUAAUUUUGAGCAAAAAAAUAUACUAGAACGCUUCAAACUCUAUCGAUAUAUGUUUAUGUGUCUCAACCUCAUGAAAAUAGAAAUAUUGACCAUAGAUAUGUAGUUAAGUUUUCAAUAUUGAAACAUGCCAAUCAAUUGGCAUUAUGUGCUCAUUCAAAUAAACGAGCUUAACAUUUAGUAUUGACAUUUGAAAGAAAACUAAGUGGAAUAUGAGCUCUCAAAAUGUGUAUGUAGUGAGUUUAAAUUGAAAAAAAGAGAGAGAUGAAGAUAAAAUCAGCUUUUGAAAACUUAUUUUAAAAAGAUUAAUUUCUUAACAAAAUUCUAAAUGAAAUUCCUUAAUUCAAAAUGUGACAUAUAUUAUUUCCAUUGUGAAUUGAUUUUAUAUUGGGAUUUGAUAUCAUUCGCGAUAAGAUAAAAAACAUAUACUAUAAAAUAUUAUCAAAUAAAUGUAAUAUUUGUGAAAGCCAAAUCA